AUGCCGGCCGAGAUGGAGCUGGGAGCCAACCUAUACUUUCCUGGGGCUUGCCUUGCCUCAACAUCUAAAAAAAGAAAGAAAGGGCGGGCGCCGAAAAGGAACCAGCCCAGCCUCUUCAAGAAAGCUUUGCUUGGUCCCCGUAAUUCGAGUGAGAUUGUCAUGGCGCAAAAGCAGAUAUGGUCCGGUAUUCCCUUGUUCCCUGUAUUGGUUAUGUUCUUUAUUUCUUGUCUAGCAGAAACUAAUCGAGCUCCGUUUGAUCUCCCAGAAGCGGAAGCUGAAUCAGUUGCAGGCUAUAAUGUAGAAUAUGCGCGGGAUGCGAUCCUUAAUAGUUCACUAUUGGCGGAAGCCAAUGUCCCGGGUCCUGGGACUCAUUCUGACUGA